AUGACCGAGAUCAUUAUGUCCCAGACGCCUCCGAUCCUCCACAGGCCCUCAGAAAAAGAACGGAAAUAUGACCGACAACUGCGGCUGUGGGCGGCCAGCGGUCAGGCCGCGCUAGAGUCCGCGAACAUCCUCCUUGUGAACUCGGGAGCUGGGACGGUCGGCGCAGAAACCCUUAAGAACCUCGUAUUGCCAGGCAUCGGGCGCUUCGCCAUCUACGACGAGACGCAGGUCUCCGAGGCCGACUUGGGUGUCAACUUCUUCCUAGAUGAGGCCAGUCUGGGCAAAUCUCGAUCCAAGAGUUUGACGGAGCUCAUCCUGGAGCUCAACCCCGACGUACAAGGCACCUGGUAUCCGAAUGAGGAGCUGAAGACGCUCGACUCGCUCUUGGCCGCAUCCCCGGUGUUCACAAUCAUCCUGUACACGCACCCUAUCAGCCCCGAGCAGCUCGCUAGUCUUGAAGCCUACGGCCAAAAGCACAAGACCCCGCUCGUGGCGAUUCACUCUGCUGGGUUUUACUCGUAUUUCCAGGUGAACCUUCGUGGAGCCUUCCCCAUCGUCGACACGCAUCCGGACGAGACGGCGACGACGGACCUGAGGUUGUUGGGCCCUUGGCCGGAGCUAGUGUCCUUCGCCGACGAACUGACCAAGGAUAUCGACGGUCUAGACAACUUUGAACAUGGUCACCUGCCAUAUGUAGUCAUUCUUCUCCACUACCUGAAGGAGUGGAAGGUGGCACACGACGGCAAAUACCCCGCAACAUUCAAGGAAAAGACCGAACUCCGUAAGAUCGUGCAGGCUGCAGCGAGGACCAAUAACCCGGAAGGUGGCGAGGAGAAUUUUGAGGAGGCGGCUGCUGCCGUUGUGAAAACGGUAGUUGUGCCGUCUCUGCCGUCUGGCUUGAAGGAAGUAUUCGAGUACGAGCAUACCGACCCCGUUGAACAACGAUCAGGAUUUUGGCUCAUCGCCGACGCCGUCAAACAAUUCUAUGAGAAGCAUCAGUGCCUUCCCCUUCCCGGCAAGCUGCCCGACAUGAAAGCGGAAUCUAAGGUGUACAUUCAGCUCCAGAGUAUCUACAAGGCGAAGGCGCGCAAGGACGCAGCGGAGGUACUGCAAAUAGCACAGGCCGCGCCGGGUGGCGACCUUAUUGAUCCGGCAGAGGUGGAUCUCUUCUGCAAGAACGCAGCUUUCGUCAAGUUAAUUAACGCGACGAGCGGUGCAGCAACAGCUGUGAAGAUCAGCAAGGCCGAUCGACUCAAGUCAGCAGCAGACCGCGAAUUCGCCGCCGACGAGACCGCCGCCCUCUCACUUUCCCCGUUCUCCCUCCUGCCAAUCUAUCUCGCUCUGCAGGCCACGGCCCACGUGGGCGAGAGCUCAGCAUCAUCAUUCGACGCGGACUCGAUUCUCGCAUCCAUCGCCGCCCAAGUUCCCGGGGCAGAGAAGCAGGAGCGGGUUAUUCAAGCCGCGCAAGAGGUAGCUCGCGCCCAGGGCGGUGAGUUGCACAACGUGGCGGCCCUAAUGGGCGGCAUUGUGGCACAGGAGACCAUCAAAAUCGUGACUAAGCAAUACAUUCCCGCCGACAACACGUGUGUGUAUGACGGUAUUGGGGGGCGUGUGCAAGUCUUGAGGCUCUGA